UAUUUUUUCCCUCCUAUGUUGGUCUAAUUUUGGAUUGUUCACCAAAUCUUAUCACUAAUCCUUAGGCAUUUUUGGAUACUUUAGAAUCAAAACAAACUCCAAAAUUUGUCCUCAUUGUUUGGACCCACAAAACAAUUCACGACAGCGGUUUAAACUAGGACACGUGGCACCAACCCAGAUCAAGCAACCCUUUUUAUUGGUGGCCUAUGCAAAAACAAGGAAUCAAAAUUAAAACUUGAUUGGUUGGGAAGGACUUUCUCUGACUUGUGAGGUAGUAAAUCAAAAAAAAAAAAAUUGUGGGUAAUCAUUUUCAUAGUCUGAAAAAAAAAAAAAAAAAAUCAAUCAAGAAAGAAAGAAAAAGAAAAGGUGGGUUUUAAUUUACCCUUCUAUGCAUCAUCAUAGAAGGGUUUGAUCAGGGUUUUGUUUCUUUUCGGAGGUCUAGGUUGUUGAUGCAUAAGAGCCUUCUCUGUUUUUCUAAUUUUUCUGAAGAAGGCUCUGCUUGCUCUGAAAAACACAUUCAUACAAAAAGUUUGAAUGCUUUGGGGGGUUUAGAAAAUGAUCAGAUUGUGGAUAUUUGCUCUGCAAUUAUCAGAGCUUUUUGUUAGCUCUUUGGUUCAUUUGCUAUAUGGGUUUUACAUAUUCAGCACAGCUGUAGCUGGUGAUCUUUCUCAGGCAUUGAAUGAAUACAUUUUCAAACCAAAUGUGAAUAUUGGGAUCAAAGAAGAGGUUUCCAAAGGCUCAACCAGCUCUGAUGGUCUGCCUCCCAUUGUGUUGGUUCAUGGAAUCUUUGGCUUUGGCAAAGGGAGAUUGGGGGGUUUGUCGUAUUUUGCCGGGGCGGAGAAGAAGGACGAGAGGGUUCUCGUGCCUGAUUUAGGCUCAUUAACUAGCAUAUAUGAUAGGGCUCGUGAAUUGUUCUAUUACUUGAAAGGUGGGCAAGUUGAUUACAGCGAAGAACACAGCAAGGCUUAUGGGCACUCACAGUUUGGAAGAAUUUAUGAACAAGGGCACUACCCGGAAUGGGAUGAGGAUCACCCUAUUCACUUUGUGGGGCAUUCGGCUGGAGCACAGGUUGUUCGGGUUUUGCAGCAAAUGCUUGCCGAUAAGGCUUUCAAGGGGCAUGAAACUUCAGAGAAUUGGGUAUUAAGCAUAACGUCAUUAUCCGGAGCUUUCAAUGGAACUACAAGAACCUACUUGGAUGGAAUGCAGCCAGGAGAUGGGCGGACCAUGAAGCCUAUUUGUUUGCUUCAGCUGUGUCGCUUGGGAGUUAUAGUCUAUGAUUGGAUAGACUUUCCCUGGCUGAAGGCCUAUUACAAUUUUGGGUUCGAUCACUUCAACAUGUCCUGGAAGAAAAUGGGCGUUUGGGGUCUCGUUGAUUGCCUUAUGGGAAAUUCAGGUCCGUUUGCUUCAGGAGAUUGGAUCCUUCCAGAUCUUACGAUUCAAGGGUCGGUGAGAUUGAACAGCCAUCUACAUACAUUCCCCAAUACAUAUUACUUCAGCUAUGCCACAAAACGAACUAGGCAAAUUAUGGGUGUCACAGUUCCUUCUAGCAUACUUGGAGUCCACCCUAUGCUUUUCAUAAGAGUGUUGCAAAUGAGCCAAUGGAGUCAUCCUCCAGAUUCCACGCCCCCUUACAAGGGCUAUAGGGAUGAAGAUUGGUGGGACAAUGAUGGAGCACUUAACACCGUUUCCAUGACACACCCUCGUUUGCCAGUUGAACACCCGAGCCAGCUUGUUGUUAAGAACUCUGAUUGCCAGCCUUUCCAACCGGGCAUCUGGUACUACAAGAUUGUAGAAGGCGAUCACAUACUUUUCAUUAUAAACCGGGAAAGAGCAGGAGUGCAAUUUGAUCUGAUAUAUGACAGCAUCUUCGAACGUUGUAGAAAGCACGCGUUUAGAAAGACUCCGCCAACACUACCAAAUCAUCAAGCUCACCAAUAGUAGAAUUGUAGCUCUCACCAAUACACUGCAGCUAGAAUAAAGAGGAAAAAUAUAUAUAUAUAUAUAUAUAUUUUGGUGGUUUCCCCUUGAUGAAGUGAAAAAAUAACCUUUUUUUUUUUUUUUUUUUUUCUUUCUUUUUUUAAAAAAAAAAAAAAAAAGAAAAAAAAAAAAAGAGAUUAAUAUCUCCCUUCACUGGGAACCAGCUUGUCUAGUUUGUAGGUCUGUGAGAGAGAUUAGAGGCAAACUUAUGGAUCGGAGCCAUUAGGGGUUUCGAAUGAUAACAUAGUUGUAUUUCUAUCAGAAAUAUACCUGGAUGUGAAUGAAUUUAUGAACAUGUCUUUUUUUCAGUUUUUCCCAA